UCACACAUCGACGCCAGGCCGUCCGAAAACGACGCAAAGUGGCGAGUGUGCGUGCGAAAUUCAAAAAGCGACGUAUCGAUCCGUUUUCCCGGUGCUACACCCACAACCACAACACAAGAACGACGAUCUCGACGAAACGGACGGGCCAUAGAAAGUGGAAUUUAAAAUGUCAGACCGAGACCGGGAUUACAUAGGAUUUGCAACGUUACCGGAUCAGGUGCACCGAAAAUCGGUUAAGAGAGGAUUUGACUUCACCCUGAUGGUGGUCGGGGAGUCCGGCUUGGGGAAAUCAACCCUAAUCAACAGCCUCUUCCUUGAGGAUCUGUAUAAGAAUCGCAUCGUACCCGAUGUCACCGAGAAAAUAAAAAAGACAACCUCAAUCGAAAAGAAAACCAUGGAGAUUGAGGAACGAGGAGUGAAACUAAGACUGACUGUCAUCGACACACCGGGCUUUGGAGACGCUGUGAAUUGCGAGGACAGCUGGAAAGUCUGCACGAAUUACAUCGAUGAACAGUUCAGACAGUAUUUCACUGACGAAAGUGGUCUAAAUCGUCGUAACAUUCAAGAUAAUCGUGUACACUGUUGUCUGUAUUUUAUUCCUCCUUGGGGACACAGUCUGAGACAGAUGGAUUUGGAGUUAAUGAAACGGUUACACAGAAAAGUCAACAUUGUGUUAGUGAUCGCAAAGGCAGACACGUUAACAACUUCAGAAGUCGCUAAGCUGAAGCAGAACAUCAUCAACGACAUUAGGGCCAACGACAUACAGAUGUACGAGUUUCCGGAAUGUGACAGCGACGAGGACGACGAGUUCAAGCAACAAGACAAAGAACUGAAGGCGAGCGUGCCGUUUGCGGUCGUCGGCAGCAACACCACCUUGGAAGUUGCCGGCAGAAAAGUCAGAGGUCGACAGUACCCCUGGGGGGUUGUGGAUGUGGAAAAUCCAAAGCACAGCGACUUCAUAAAACUGAGAACGAUGCUCAUCUCCACCCACAUGCAAGAUUUGAAAGACGUGACCGAGGACGUGCACUAUGAGAACUUCCGAGCACAGUGCAUCUCGCAGAUUUCGCAGCACGCACGCGAAAGGGGUAACUUUUCCAGGAACUCUUUCAGGAAGCUGAAGCGCGACUCGAACCCCUACGAUUCGGAUAUAUCGGACACUGAUCGACUGCUUCUCCAAAAGGAUGAAGAAAUACGGAGGAUGCAGGAGAUGCUGAAUAAGAUGCAGGAGAAGUUAAAGGUGAACGCUCAAGAUACGGCAAAGAAACACGACAGUAUUAUUGAUGUUUAGACAAAAACGAAUUGAUGUUAGAAGGUGUAAUCACAAUAAUUCAAUGUAAUAAGUACCAAAGAAGAAGUAAACUAGUUGAAGAGUUUUUUUCAUAUUUAUAAUCGAUAUUAGUUAUAAUUUAUUAUGUUAUUUAAUAAAAUUGAACGUUUUGCAAAGGCUGUUUUAUUUU